AUGGAAUCCUCCACCGAGCUCGGUUCGCUGCAGUCUCGCGCCGAGCAGUUGAUACGGGCGCUCAUUCACAAUGUUACGCCGGACGAGGCCGCCCGGAGAAUUGUCGAGCUUGCGACAACACCACAAGAUAAUCCCGUACGAGAACUGUUUCGCGCAAAUGACAGCCUCGUGCCACAUGCGUCCGGAGACAGUCGACCACCAGAGCCAACCUCACACAGAUCCAAAUUCAGCUUGCGCUUUUCGCGCAAGGACAAAGGCAAAGCCAGCUGCAUUACGCUGUCCUCCGAGAAGGCCACCGGCAGCUACCAGAAUGUCUUCCAAGCAGACGUCAAGCCUGCUGUAAGUCGCGACCUUGAGAUCGUCAAGCAGAACUUGCGGCGUGAAGGCAUUGCACUUAACGCCGCCGCCCAGUCAUUCAAAGGAAGGGCACCUUCAUCAUCUGGCCACUAUAACUGUGUCUUCUGCCAUACGGACUACACAACCAAAGGAACAUGCAAACGCCACAUCGAGGAGAUCCAUGUCGCCAAACGAUAUUUCCGAUGUGUCAUGUGCAGGCAGAACUUUGCCACCGCACCCGAAGCCAGGAAGCACUGCCAAAGCUGUGGUGCGGGAGUACUUGGCUGGACUGUAGAGACACCAGAAGGCCACAGGAUUUACAGCUCGGAGUUUGAGACAUCUAGAUUAUUUUCGACCCAGCAGGCAUAUAUCGUACAUCUGCUGGAGCUGUCAGCACAACCACUCGAAGGACGGCCAUUGCGCAGUUGGCAUAGAAAGUUACGAAAUUUGCUGGAGCAGAGCCACUGUCUUCCCACUGUUCAGAGGUCCAGCACACGCUUGUUCGGCAGCCUGGACGGCUGGUAUAAUGUGCGAUGGGAGCACGAACGAGUGAAGAAGGCUGUCAAGGAACUUGAAAUGGGUAUCCUGGACGUCGACUUGGCACCACAUGACCUGCUCAAGCUCCAUCGAGCGGACGAUUUUGUGAACGAUCUCUUUCGAGACAGAGUUUUGGCAACUACUGUCUCCGCUGAAUCGCCAGCGAGGGACAUAUCCGCGCACGAUGAAAAGGCCACGAUGAAAGUCGAAGAAGAAGAGAUUCUCGACCAAGACGAAGAAGUCUUGCCACAGACUGCACCAACUUCAAAGAGGCCGCUUUCGCUAGAAAGUUCUGCUGUCUUGCCGCAUCGGGUGCCACCAGGUCCUCCGAUGCCACCGCCUCCUAUACCACACGCGACACCUCAACCAAUACAGCAGCCAAGUCGUGGAUCAGCCUAUCAAUACGAACAUGCCCAGCCUCGGCCAUUGCAUCGUGUGCCCAGUGUAGACUCGAAUGCAUACCAUGUUCAACAGAUCGAGCAAGACCAGCGGCCAGCAACACAUCAUGCUCACGAGCCGAAUCCGCACUGGCUAAAUGGGCAGCAACCACCACCUUACGAGAAUGGUGGCCACUUCCAGCAGCAGCCGCCGCAGAUCCAAACACCGUUCACGAACCAGCCGCCACAGAUCCAGACAUCGUUCGCAAACCAUACACCACAGCAGCAGAACUUCAUGUCUCCGACGGGCCGAGGCGGUUACCAGGAUGCCGGCUUUAUGUCUCUAUCCGAGCUCUCGAUGACAUCCGCAAUGACCUCUCCGAUCGUGUACAUGCAAACUCAAGACGAUAACAGCAUGUCACUUUACCAACAGGCGCAGCCGAUGCACAAUUCGCAAAUACAACAACAGCAGAUCCAGCCACAACAGCAAGAUUAUAGAGAGAUGCCCAUCUCACACGACCAGGCGACGAGUGGUAUGAUUGCAUACUCGCCCAUGGCAUUCUCGCCAAUGCACAUGAGCUAUCAUCAGCAUCACGGUCAAGGGAGUGGUACACCGGAUGUGGAGCAUCAGCAGCAAAUGCACCAAUUGCGGCAAACACAGCAGCACAGCUACGGGUCUAUGUAA